AUGGCCCCAACGCCUAUACCUCUGGACAAGGCCUAUCUCACAGCGAUAUGGCUUGAGACUCUCUUCUACGGAGUCAACCUGUCUCUGUUCUUUUCGUAUCUCUUCAUCGCUCGUUACAAACGGAAGACAAGGACCAUCCAGCCAGUGAUCUUCACCGUUGCGAUUAUGAUGUUCAUCUUUUCGACAAUCCAUGUCUCGAUGGGAUUCCAGCGACUGAUCGAGGGAUUCAUCGUCUUGAGGGACUUGCCUGGAGGACCUGGAGGGUUCUUCUCAGAUGUAUCGGUCCCUGCGAACGUCGCUAAGGUGACGAUUCAUACGGUGAACUCGGUCUUGGGAGAUAGCAUCAUGGUGUGGAGAUGCUAUCAUGUCUGGGGAAGGAGUCUCAUCGCCUCAGCGCUUCCUAUCCUCCUGAUUACUGCCUCCGCGGUAUGCGGAUUUGGGCAGUCCGUCAUCUUUGCAGAGGCAAAGCAUAUCCACAGUGCCUUCCAAGACGAGUUGGAGAGAUGGAACGGGUCUCUCUUUUCCUUAUCACUCGUUACGAACGUUGUCGUCACUUCUCUCAUCGCCCUCAGAAUUUGGUAUCUCGGUCGUCAAUUUUCGAGUACAAAAACCUUUGUCAAUUACCAACGAGUGCUCAUCUUGAUCAUUGAAUCGGGAUCCAUAUAUUCAACGGCGCUCAUCGUUGAAAUUACCUUAUACUUUUUGGGGAGUAACGCAUUUUAUAUUGUAUACGAUCCGAUCGCUCAAUUGACGGCAAUUGUACCGACCAUGAUCAUUAUCAUGACGAGUUUGGGAUUGACCUCUAAUGACUUGAAUUCUGCACAGACUCGUGCAGCGUCAGGUGGUAGUGGUAGUACUACUACGGCGUCAGUCGCGUUGGAGUCGCGCCCUCGAUUUGCGACCCGGACUAUGAUUUCAACCUUUGGCGUGAAUUCAAAUCCCGAUUCAGAUGACCAUGUUGAAAAGGACGCUGGAACCCUGAAGGUUUAG